UGCUUGAUUGGUUAGUGGCCCAACACACUUCAAAGUAACUAACACCAUAUUGUUCGUUGUUGUAUUCACCCUUUAUGCCGGAAACUCGUAGAACCUCUUCUCUUCUGUUAAUGGAAACCUAAUUAUAUAAAUGCCCUCAGCGACUCACACAUCACCUUGUCCGAUCACAAUCCAUAACAGAACGUGCUUUAUUAUCCUCUCCAAAUUUCCAUUUUACCCCUUCUGCAAGUAAAUUACCAGAAACAUGGCGUCUCCCCAUGAAAUAGAAGUAACCUUCUCCUCCGCCAGAGGUCUAAAGAACGUGAACUGGCGCCACGGUCCGAUCAGGCCAUACGUCGUCGUUUGGGUGCACCCGAAGUACAAGUGUUCAACUAGGGCCGAUGAGGAAGGUGAUACCGAUCCAACAUGGGACGAGACUAUUAUCAUCCCUCUGCCUGGUCCUAUCGACGAGGAUACCACCCUCUUCGUUGACGUCGUCCAUGCCGGAUCCGAGGAGGGCACCAAGCCUCUCAUCGGCUCGGCUAGGCUCAAGCUUCGGGAAGUCCUUGACGAUGCCGGAUUCGGCGAAAGCUACAAGAGAACGCUCCAGUUGAAACGACCCUCAGGGAGGCCGCAAGGCAAACUCGACAUCAAAGUUUUGAUUAGAGAGACACGCUAUCGCACAUCCGAUCAGUAUCAAGCACAUCAAUACCGUGUCCCACCGACGGCGGCUCCUCAUCCUUCAGCUUACGGUUACCCAUACGCUCUGCCGCCAUCUGGCUACCCUUACUACGCGACCCCGCCGGGUGGCUACCCUUAUAGUGCGUACAAUUAUAAUGCCCCGCCGCCUCCGUACGGACAGGCUCCGUACGGCGAGGGAAGUGGCGGGUAUUACUACGGGCAAGAGGGGAGGAAGAGCAAGUUUGGAGGGAUGGGGACGGGGAUGGCGGUGGGUGCAGUUGCAGGGGCUUUGGGUGGACUCGCAUUGGCGGAAGGCGUUGAGGCGCUAGAGGAUCAUAUCGCCGAUGAGGCGGCGGAGAGGGUUGAAGAUGAUCUUGGUUACGAUGUCGAUGUCGUCGGUGAUGAUUUCUGAUUCUCCAGACGGUUCUCCACGUUUCUGCCAUGUUAAUCAAUGUUAAUAGAAUUGAAUGUGAUGUUGUAAGAGAAAUAGUUUAUGUAUUUACGUGGCUGUGUUUGAUUGGUUUUCUUGAUGUUGUUGAUUGGAGUUGACGGGCCAAUGGUAUUGUCACGGUUGUUGAA